AUGCCAACUGUCGCCAAGGCAUUCUUUGAGACAAUUCUUUACUUUGUCAAUAACACGUCAAAUAUUAGCCUGACCCUAGUCCGAGUUGUCAUUCACCCCUCCAAUGAUACAGUGAUACAGGCAUUUGAGACUGUGAAGACCAACUUUGCUCAGGAACUUACCAUCGCCAGCUCUCUAGACAAAGUUCCAGUGUCUCAAGUUAAACCGCAACCACAACCUCAGGCAUCCAAUGUUGCGGUGGAGGUUUCCCAAAUAACAGGGGACAUUGAAAAACAAACAACUGAUGUGAUCGUCAACACAACCAACCCAGGUCUGAAUCUGGCAGACGGGGUAGUGUCCAAGGUCAUGCUGGAAGCAGCUGGUGAUGACCUUCAGGAUGAAUGUAAAACAAAGUAUCCCUCAGGGGUCAAGGCCGGUGAAGUAGCAGUGACAGGGGGCGGUAAUUUGUCCUGCAAGCAGGUGUAUCAUAUCACACUGACAGAUUGCUGGAGUAGUGAUCAGCCAGGGACUGAAAAGCUGCUGAGGGGCACUAUAUUAAAGUGCCUGAAGACGGCCGACGACGCCGGACUGACCAGUCUCAGUUUCCCGGCCCUUGGAACAGGGAAGCUGAAGUAUGACCCAGCGCGUGUGGCCGAACUGAUGUACAGCGUCUGUCUCAGCUUCAGGUCCAAAGGACUGAAUAAGGUCAUCCUCGUGAUGCAUGCCAGCUCCCCUGGAGUCAAGCAGGCAUUUGAGACUGUGAAGACCAACUUUGCUCAGGAACUUACCAUCGCCAGCUCUCUAAACAAAGUUCCAGUGCCUCAAGUUAAACCGCAACCACAACCUCAGGCAUCCAAUGUUGCGGUGGUGGUUUCCCAAAUAACAGGGGACAUUGAAAAACAAACAACUGAUGUGAUCGUCAACACAACCAACCCAGGUCUGAAUCUGGCAGACGGGGUAGUGUCCAAGGUCAUGCUGGAAGCAGCUGGUGAUGACCUUCAGGAUGAAUGUAAAACAAAGUAUCCCUCAGGGGUCAAGGCCGGUGAAGUAGCAGUGACAGGGGGCGGUAAUUUGUCCUGCAAGCAGGUGUAUCAUAUCACGCUGACAGAUGGUUGGAGUAGUGAUCAGCCAGGGACUGAAAAGGUAUGCUGUUAUUACAGAAGGAUUGGCAUGUCUGCAUGCCUGAAGACGGCCGACGACGCCGGACUCACCAGUCUCAGUUUCCCGGCCCUUGGAACAGGGAAGCUGAAGUAUGACCCAGCGCGUGUGGCCGAGCUGAUGUACAGCGUCUGUCUCAGCUUCAGGUCCAAAGGACUGAAUAAGGUCAUCCUCGUGAUGCAUGCUAGCUCCCCUGGAGUCAAGCAGGUACAAUCACUCAUAGUCCACUUACUAUAG